AUGUUUCAUCAGAAGUUCGGACACACCACGGAUGAGUGUGUGGUGGCUAACGAUUUGCUAGAAAGACUGGCACGACAAGGACUGUUGGAUAAGUACGUCGGCAGUCGAUCACAAAAAGACCCAUCACCCCCAGAAGAGGCAGAACAUCAAAAGGCGAGCAUUGAAAAGAACCAAUGGCAGAACAAUCAACCACCCAAGAAAAUCAUCAAUUAUAUCUCAGGCGAGUUUGCAUGCGGCGAAGAGACGAGCUCGGCCAGAAAAAGGAGCUACCGAACUAUGUUAACACUACAAGAGGAGACACCAUCUGAAGUACCCAGAUCUCGAGCUCCUGAUAUCACGUUCACAAGUAGGGAUUUUGAGUCCAAAACUCCUAACCUUGACGAUCCUGUGGUUAUUUCGGUAGCAACAGGAGACCUCCUAGUCCGAAAGGUCCUCUUAGACCUAGGAAGCAGUGCCGACGUGAUGUUCCUAUCUACCUUAAAAAAGAUUCAACUGAAUGAAAAAGUGCUACAACCAUCCUCUGGCGAAUUAGUCGAAUUCUCUAAAGAAAGAGUUCUAGUAACAGGUUAUGUUUGGGUGAGGAUAACCAUAGGGGAGAAUUCUCAUUCCAAAACCCUAGAUAUCCAACACUUGGUAGUUGAUUGA